AUGACACCUGCCGCGCAGUACGACAUUUCCGUGCUCCCACUUAUUCCUUCCGAUGCGGACAUCCAGUCUUUGCAUGGGUACUUGCGUGGGCCUUCAUGCAGGAAUGGCAUUAGCGACAAUGUCACGUCUGUCUUUGGCGCGGAUAUUGCCAUGGGCCGCCUGCGCGAGGCUCACUUUGUGAUGCGGUCGAACCGGCCCGUCUCCCCGGCCUCUUUCGACCAGCAGUACAUUGAUGCUCGAUUGAUGUCGAACGAGACGUCGGCGCCGGGACUGCCACGCUCCUGGAGCACGCCCAUGCUUGCAAAGCGCUCCCAAACGGAGCUGGUUCGACCCAUGCGCAGUCGUGCACAGGCCAAAGGGAAGCGUCGCGGAGCGCCCGCAUCGCACGAGCUCGAGGCGGAGAGCGUGAUGCAAACCACACCAAAGCGUUCUGCGCGGCGGUCGCGGAGUUUGUCGAAUCUUUUUAGCAGGGCGAAGCAGCGCACGCCGACAAGCGACUCGAUGCCGCAAGGCGGUGCCAAAACCAGUACGCCUUUGUCUGCGAGCCGCUUCGGUGCAUUGGACUUGACGCGCUUUACUCCGCGAUCUGAGAGCUCUAUGAGCUUGCCGCGCACACGCACCACGAGCAAUUCUGUCGCGGAUCUCAGGAUGGCGAGUGGCAAUGCGUCUACAAGCACGCUUUCCGAAGCACUCCAGCACAAACCGUCCAAGUACACAGCCUCUCCUGCCGGCUCUACGAGCGUUAACUACUUUGCAAAUGAUCUCGUGCCGUCGCCCACCUCGUCGGUGAUGUACGAUGGCAGUGCUUCUUUAUUUUCCCUCUCAAGCGUCGCGUUGCGCUCUGGCUCGGUGGGCUCCACAGAGGCGAGUGCGAGUGCAUACAGAGUCAGUGUUGCCUCGCCCACGCGCCCAAAAAUAGCCAUUCCACUGCCCGAGGUGGAUGGCGGGCUCAAGCCGCUCCGCGGCGAGCGCAGCAACAGCAUCGUGUCGAGUCUUCCGCAGCGCUCCCCGUACUCUUCUACGCACGACACGUUACGUGGCUCGCUCGAGCAAAAGCAAAGCACACCGGUCGCUAUGGCCAUGUCGACGAUCUCUGCAGCUUCGUCACCCACGUCGCCGGCAUUGGAUGUGCCGCCGCAAAAAAGCAGCUCGAUUUCUCCUUCCGUAUCCGGCAUGUCUGUUGGAGGUGUAAGUAUGCCGUCGUCUGCAUCCAGUUUUUCCAAUUCCAACAAGCCGCUUCCUGUUGAAGCAACGUCGGACACGACACCUGCAGAGCGCACCGCUGCCAGCACCGCUGCCAGCACCGCAUUGUCGACGCCGUUUGUACAGAUUGACAAUGCGUUCCAGACCAUGAUACACGUUUCCGACACGCCGUCUCCAUCGCAUUAUGCACCUGCACCGUUGCGAGCCAUGUCGGGAGAAACGCAGUCUGCGGACGAAAUGGACGCUGCGCUGCUAUGCUCGCCAGCGUCGGCCACCGAUACAUUUUUGUCUGUAUUGCAGGACACAGACGACGAGUACGGGCGGAGCAGUGUAUUGUCGCAGGACAGGGACAGCCAGGUGAAUGUACAAGGCGUGGCCAUGUCCAGCCCCGCUUCGGGUGUGGGCUGGCUAAAAGAAACACAAAGCGUAAGGUCGGUGCUGGGGUCGGCGCUGGGAUCGCCGAACAUGGGAUCAACGGCGCAUGCGUCGCCAAGACUGGCGUCGCCGCUGAGCCCAGCGCAUGCAUCGCCACUACCCCCUUCGCCUGUGCCAUCCUUCUCCACCAAUUCGCCGCAACUUUCGAGGAUAUCGCCUCCGAUGCCGAGUCCCACCAUGCAUCGCACUGUGCCCCUCAGCAGUCCCACCGUAUUCAAAAGUCUCUCGCCUUUCUACGCAAAUGUCCCGAACACCCAACGCGCUCCGCGCAAGGCAGACCGAGCGCCGCGCAACGAAGCGAGCCUCAGCACCGCCCCCAGCUCAGCAAAGCUCCCUGCCUUGCCUGCGCACACGUAUACUACCACCACCGAGCCAUUGCACACUACGCUCUCUACACCUCCUGCAACAAUAAGCAGCACACGAGUGGCGCCCUCCCCUGAUGCACCUCCCCUGCAGCCGCCUGUACAUACAACCAAGGCACUUCCGUUCCUGCCUGACAGCGCCGCAUCAGCUAGUCCCCCUGCUGCGUUCCAGGACACACUGCAAGAGUUUGCGACGCAGCAAGAGAGCCUCAUGUCGAACAUCGAGACUUCGCGUGCCGAGAUCUGGGAACUAUGGCGCAAUAUACGAGAAUUUCGAGAAGCGCUCCAAAACGACGCCGGCAUGGUCCUCGAAGAAAAGACCCUUUCUUCUAAGUCCGAUCGCUACGAGCGCAUCCGGGAGAGCAUUGCGUCUGCUGACCACAUGGAUCGGCGCCUCACUGCGCUGCUCCACGCGCCAAACGAUCCGUCCCAUGGGACACCGGCGCCCAUGGCGCAUGCACGUGAUUCAGCGUCCUCAUUGGGUGAUCCGCUCGACUUCUCGUAUUACGAAUCCGCGUGA